AUGCGGAUAUUGUUGCUGAGUAUCAGUUUGUUCGUAUCAGCCCCAGCGGUACUUAUUGAGUAUACACUGACGGAUGAAGAAUGCCUAGAAGCAGGAUUUAUUCGAAAAGAUUUAAAGUGCGCAUAUUGCAAGGAGCUCAGAAAAUUCCAGUUGGAGAUGAUAAUGACUGAUUGUUUUGCGUGUUGUACCAAGGACCCAGAAGAUGAACAUCCGAAACUCUCCCACCUGAACCUGCGGGAUAGACAAACUGGUACCAGCCUUCUUUAUUAG